AUGGAAUCUAAUAGCACCUGCGCCGCUUCCACCGCCGCUGCGAUCGGCGGCGGCGGGAGCGACGUGACGCAUGCUGACAUCAGCGAGUAUUACGGGAAGACGGUGCAGAAGCAGUCGGAUCUGCAGACGUCAGCAUGCUUGGUGAAGGGCGGCUUGGGCGAGGACAUUCGCCGCCUGCUCAGCAACGUCCACGAUGAGAUCUUGUCGAAAUUCUACGGCUGUGGUUCACCGAUCCCUCCCCUGCUCAAGGUACAGUGGAACUCUUCUCAUCCCAUAACUGGUUCCUCGCCUUUCUCUCUUAGUUUCUCCCACAUCUCAUCCCCUCCCCUCCUCCAUCCCCCUGCUUCCCCCCGCCUUCCCCCCCCCCUCCUCCCACUCGCUUCCCCCCGCUCCCUCCUCACUCCCGUUCCCUUUCCCCCUCUACGCAUUUCUUGCCUCAUCUCCCUCUCGUCGUCUUCUCGUAGCAAUGGCUGCACGGUGCUGGAUCUGGGGUGCGGAACAGGGAGGGAUGUCUACGUGGCAGCUCAGCUUGUGGGGCCCACAGGCCAGGUCAUCGGUGUCGACAUGACAGACGAGCAGCUGGCAGUGGCACGGAAGCACGAGGAGUACCACCGGGAGAAGUUCGGAUUCGCCGAGUCCAACGUGUCGUUCAGGAAGGGGUUUAUAGAGGAUCUCAAGGCUGCUAAUGUCGAGGACAGCUCAGUGGAUGUGGUUGUGUCAAACUGCACCAUCAACCUCACGCCCGUCAAGUUGCCUGUCUUUUCCGAGAUCGCCCGCGUGCUCAAACCGGGCGGCGAGCUCUACUUCUCGGACGUGUUUGCCGACCGGAGAAUCCCCCAGCACCUGCGACAGGACAAGGUUCUCUUUGGCGAGGGUUUCAGCGGUGCCCAUUACUUGGAAGAUUUCCGGCGCCUCAUGGCCUCGGUGGGUUUGGGUGGGUGGGGAGUGGUGGAGGCUCGACAACUCCACGUGGAUAACCCCAAGAUUGCCGCCCAGAUCGGCCCGAUCAAAUAUUACAGCUUCACUGUUCGGGCGGUGAAGCUGCCCGAAGGGGAAGGCGUGGACCUGCCCGAGAAUUACGGGCAGACGGCGACAUAUUCCGGGUCUAUUCCCGAGAAAGCGGGGGAAUUUGCCCUGGAUGAUGUGAGGGUGUUCAAGACAGGUGUGCCCACGCCUGUGGAUGCUACAACUGCUGCCGUGCUGGAAAAGUCACGCUACAACAGUGUGUUUACUGUCACUGAGAAGGGUGCUCACCAGGGGACAACCACCGCUUCCGUCGCCAAGCCGACGUCGUGCUGCGGGCCGAAAGCUUCCGCCGCUCCGUCGGAAGCCAAGGCGGCGACUUCAUCGUGCUGCGGGCCUAAGACUGCUCCCGCUCCGACUGAGCCUACUAAGAGCAGCUGCUGCGGCCCUAAAUCCGCCGCGUCUCCCGCCGCUGGAACCGGCGCUGGAAGCGACGUGACGCAUGCUGACGUGAGCGAGUAUUACGGGAAGACGGUGCAGCAGCAGACGGAUCUGCAGACGUCAGCGUGCCUGGUGAAGGGCGGCUUGGGGGAGGACAUUCGCCGCCUGCUCAGCAACGUCCACGACGAGAUCUUGUCAAAAUUCUACGGCUGUGGCUCACCGAUCCCUCCCCUGCUCAAGCUCAUGUUCGCCUGUCCUCCCCUUUUCUCUCGCUCCCUCCCACCUCCUGCAUCCCCUGGCUCCCCUCGUUCUCCACUUCCUUUCCUCUCCUCUUCUCGCUCCCACCGUCUUCAUGGCUGCACGGUGUUGGAUCUGGGGUGCGGAACAGGGAGGGAUGUCUACGUGGCAGCUCAGCUGGUGGGGCCCACAGGCCAGGUCAUCGGGAUCGACAUGACAGACGAGCAGCUGGCAGUGGCGCGCAAGCAUGAGGAGUACCACCGGGAGAAGUUUGGUUUUGAGAAGUCCAAUGUGUCGUUCAGAAAGGGGUUUAUCGAGGAUCUCAAGGCUGCUAAUGUCGAGGACAGCUCGGUGGACGUGGUGGUGUCCAACUGCGUCAUCAACCUCGCCCCCAGCAAGGUGCCAGUGAUUGCCGAGAUCGCCCGCGUGCUCAAGACGGGCGGCGAGCUCUACUUCUCAGACGUGUUCGCCGACCGCAGAAUCCCCAAGCACCUGCAACAGGACAAGGUUCUCUUUGGUGAGUGUCUCAGUGGAGCGCUUUACCUGGAGGAUUUCCGCCGCCUCAUGGCCUCUGUUCUUUUCGGUGAGUGUCUCAGUGGAGCGCUUUACCUGGAGGAUUUCCGCCGCCUCAUGGCUUCUGUGGGUCUGGGCGGGUGGGGAGUGGUGGAGGCUCGAGAGCUCGACGUGGAAAAUCCAGAGAUGGCCGCCCGUGUCGGGCCGAUUAAAUUCUACAGCUUGACCGUUCGGGCAGUGAAGCUGCCCUCAGGGGCGGGUGACGGGGAAGGCGAGGACCUGCCCGAGAAUUACGGGCAGACGGCUACAUAUUCCGGUUCUAUUCCAGGACAAGCAGGGGAAUUCACCCUGGACGAUGUGAGAAUUUUCAAGGCGGGUGUGCCCACGCCUGUGGAUGCUACAACUGCUGCCAUGCUGACUGUGUCGCGCUACAGCAGUGCAUUCACUGUGACUGAGAAGGGGGCUCACCAGGGUCCCUUCACUGGGUUGGCACGGUUUCCAGCGUCAGUGGCUGGUGCCUGGUGGUCUGCUACCGUAGAGAAGGCGAAAUCUGGGUGUUGUUGA